GGAAUACUCAUAAGGUACUCUUCGCAUAUCAAGUUAAGUUAGUAUCCAAGCCUUGCACCCGGAACGUGAAACGAAGUGUAUCUUGCAUCAGGAACUUGCAGAAACCAAGAUGGGAAGCGUAGGGAUCGAGCCGUUUCAGACAACGUUCGCUGUGCCACUGCAUUGCGAUUCUUGUGUGAAGGAUGUUACUGGAGCCUUGAACCAAGUAGAAGGUAUACGUGGCUCGUUUCACAUUCUGUAUGACCACAACUGACAUUGUCCGGUCAGGCAUCACGAAAAUCGAAUGCAAUCUUAAAGACCAACUUUUCUUCAUUGAAGGAACAGCACCUCCGUCAGCAAUCGUGUCAGCCGUUGAAUCUACGGGACGAGAUGCGAUCUUGCGUGGGAGUGGGAGAGCGAACUCUGCCGGGGUGUGCAUUCUGGAAACUCAUGCAAAAUCGGUAUCAGAUCCAGUCCGAGGCCUGGCAAGGAUGGUCCAAGUGUCGGACAAUCGUACACUCGUGGACCUGACGUUGCGUGGAGUGUCACCGGGAACAUAUCAUGCUACAGUGCGGGAGACAGGCGACAUUUCACGCGGUGCCGGGUCGGCGGGUGGGAUUUGGGAAGCGAUCAAGGCUUUGGGAGGCUUCAGUCAGCCUCGCGGGGUGUUUGGCCAGGUCGAAGUAGGGAGGGAUGGCCGAGGCAGUGCGUUCUUGGACCGACCUGUGUCAAUAUGGGAAAUUGUCGGUCGCAGCAUGGUGGUGUCGAAACAACAGGAGGGACCGUUUCAGGCCGAGGACCCCAAUACCCUGGUUGGGGUGAUCGCUCGCAGCGCUGGUGUCUGGGACAAUGAUAAGACUGUGUGCAGUUGUUCAGGGAAGACGGUGUGGCAGGAACGCAAGGAGCAAGUAGGAAGGGGGAUGAUAUGAGUCUGAUGUAUCCGUACGUGAAGAUAGAAUUCUUCUUGUAGAAACAAUCGGUGAUGUACUCCGUGCGCCGUACAAAAC